ACUCAGCCACCGCAACAUAAUAAAGCCCACACUACUGGUGAAAAUACCAAGAGAUCAAAGCUCUCUAAAAAGUCUCUAGGGUUUCGCUAGGGUUUGUUUCUGUGCUACUAUGGCGUCGGAGAGUGAUCAGGGACGUAGGAUCAAGGGAUCCGUGAAAUGGUUCAAUGAUCAAAAGGGUUUCGGUUUCAUCACUCCUGAUGAUGGCGGUGAAGAUCUGUUUGUUCAUCAAUCUGGUAUCAGAUCUGAAGGUUUUCGUAGCUUAGCUGAAGGUGAGGUCGUUGAGUUUGAAGUUGAGUCUGGUGAUGAUGGCCGUACUAAGGCUGUUAAUGUUACUGGACCGGAUGGUGCGUCUGUUCAAGGUGGUGGCCGUGGCGGAAGUGGUGGAGGUGGCGGCGGGGGUCGAUAUGGUGGUGGUGGUGGCGGAUAUGGCGGCGGUGGAGGUGGUAGAUAUGGUGGAGGUGAUGGUGGUUACGGCGGUGGUCGCUAUGGAGGUGACGGUGGAUACGGAGGUGGCGGUGGUAGUAGGUAUGGUGGUGGUGGUGGAUAUGGCGGCGGCGGUGGUGGUGGAAGCGGGUGUUAUAAGUGUGGAGAAGAAGGGCAUUUUGCGAGGGAAUGUACUCAGGGUGGCGGCGGCGGUGGUUAUGGUAGUGGUGGCGGGGGAUAUGGCAGCGGCGGCGGUGGAUAUGGUGGUGGAGGUGGGAGAUAUGGUGGUAGUGGCGGAGGAGGAGGUGGUGGUGGUUGUUUCAAGUGUGGUGAAGAAGGGCAUUUUGCACGUGAAUGCCCCAACAGCAGUGGUCGUUGAAGCUCUGUAGAACUGAGAGGGUAAAUGUGUAUUUUCACAUUUUGCGCUCUUUUUUCUAUGCUUUCUAGUACUCUUUUUUGGUUAAUGUCAUUUUGAAGUGUUAAAAGGGAUGAACCAUUUAAUGUUUUCUCGAAUGAUCAUAUUGCAUAUGGUCACCUUUUAGUUUCUUGAAGUAAUGAUUAGGAUAUGGUUAUGGUUCCCUGCUUUAUUAUUGCCUAUUAGGAUUAGUAGUAAUGGUUAUGGACUAGUGUUUCAGCUUGAAGCUUUUGGAAAUGUGCACUUUCUGUACAUGUAUAUACAUACAUGUUUGGAAGAUUGAUCAAUUAUCAGCUGCUAGCUUUUAUUGCCCUUC